AAUAAAAAAAAAAUGGAAGUAAUCACUCAAGUUUGACUCGUAUUUCAAACAAAAUUAAACAAAUAAACUUUAAGCAUUUAAUACCCGACUCGAUUACGGUCCUAAAUGCACACCAUCUUUAACUGUUAAACCUCAUGACAUGAUACAAUAUUAAUCCCAGAAGAAAACAUAGUACAUGUCAAAUUUUAACGUAAUAAGGAAUGUUAGGUUUGGAUAUUCUAGUGAGAGUAGUGUGUGAUAAAAGAAUUGGGAUAUGCUACUUCAUGCUUAGAUACCACCGAUGUUCACACUACUUUCAACUAAAAUAUUCCAUUAAAAUGGAAUAUUCCAUUAAAAGAUUCCUCUGAGAAAACCUCUCCAAUUUUGAUUUACAAUUUGUUUUUUUUUUCUUCUCUCACUGGGACACGCCACAUCGACAGCACGUGCAACGCUAAUACAUAAUGUCGUCUCCCGCCUUCUUUAUUUCCAUUUUCAUUUCUCGUCUCUGAAACUUUGAUCUGCGCUUCACCUCCUUCAAUCUCAGAAGGUUUUAAAGGGAGGAUCCAAGCUACAAACCGGAGCAACAAUAAUAGCAAACAGAAGGCCAACAAAAAUGCCGAUUCCUCAGAGCCUUCACAGGAUUUCCACAAAAGUUAGAAAAAUAAUUUUAUGUAAUAAACAUUACAGGCUGAGAGUUCAAGAUAGUCAAAAUCCAUGCAACCCCUGCGCUGAUACCUUAGAAAAACCAGCCACCAUCUACAAGUCAAAAGAGAGAGAAAGGGGGAUCAGACGAAUUAACCAUAACAUUUGGAGGCCCCUCAAACUCAAAACACAAGAGGUGUCAGGGAAGGUUUCCAAAGCAGCAGUUGUGUUGCUGAUGGGUCUUCUGGGAAUGGUUUAUCAGGCAAAGAAGCUCCUCCCUCCAGAAAGUAGUGGGGCAGCGGAGCAUUCUCCUGUCACCUCAUCAAGAAUCAGACUUAAAGAUGGAAGGUACCUGGCUUACAGAGAGAGAGGCGUCCCCAAGGAAAAAGCUAAAUACAAGAUCAUUCUUGUGCACGGCCUUGGAAGCUCCAAAGAGAUGAAUUUUCUGGCACCCCAAGAACUAAUAGAUGAGUUGGGCAUAUAUUUUCUUCUAUUUGAUCGAGCUGGAUACGGAGAAAGUGAUCCGGACCCAAAGCGCACAGUAAAGAGUGAAGCACAUGAUAUUCAAGAACUUGCUGAUCAAUUACAGUUGGGAUCCAAGUUUUAUGUUGUUGGAGUCUCAAUGGGAUCAUACUCCACAUGGAGUUGUCUUAAAUACAUACCAGACAGGCUAGCAGGUGUGGCUUUUGUAGUCCCUGUUGUGAAUUACCGGUGGCCUUCUCUCCCUGAUAGUUUGAUUAGGGAGGACCAUCGGUGGAAACUUGUGCAGUGGUCUAUCAGGUUUGCAAAUUAUGCUCCCGGAUUGCUAUAUUGGUGGGUGACUCAAAAAUGGCUCCCUUCAACUUCUACCCUAGAAAGAAACCCAAUAUUCUUUAAUGACAGAGAUAUAGAUAUUUUGAAGACUAUAUCAGGGUUUGCAAUGCUCACCCAGGAUAAGUUACGAGAACGAGGUGUUUUUGAUACUCUCCGUCGUGACUUUAUGCUGGCUUUUGGAAAAUGGGAAUUUGAUCCAAUGGACCUAAGCAAUCCAUACCCUCAAAAUGAAAGCUCUGUGCACAUAUGGCAAGGUUAUGAAGAUAAGGUUGUGCCUUUUCAGCUUCAAAGAUUUGUUUCAGGAAAACUACCCUGGAUUCGGUACCAUGAAGUUCCAGAUGGUGGACAUUUGAUUGUGUAUUACAAUGGUGUAUGCGAGGCCAUUUUAAGGGCGCUUUUGCUUGGAGAGGAGCAAGUUUCAUAUAGACCGAGUACAGCCAAAGUUUUACCUUAAAGUUGUCACAGCUUCUUCUGAUCAUCCAAAUUGUUGAUUGUGUAGGUAAUUGAAUUUGUUUUUUCAGAAAUUGACAAAUAUGUACAUUACAUUUGUUACUGGAAAUUUGAAAGGUAUAGUCCCUGUUUCUGUACAUGGUAUCCAUUUCUUUGAUUUGUCAAUAUCCAUUUCUUAGAUUUG